AUGAAUUGCUUUUAUUACGAUAAUGACAAUCCAAGCUCACCAGGGAAUCUUCAGAUGAGACCGCCAAUAAUGAGGAUCGGCGUACAAGAAAUGAUUGAAUGUAAAAAAACAUGUGAGACGCUUGCUUAUUGUAUGAAUUUCUUUUUUAAUGAAACCAACCGGAUGUGCGAAAUGCGUUUUACAACCGACAAAAGUAAAGUCAUUGGAGAAUAUGUUACUUGGAGUCCACGUGUGUAUAAAUAUGUUGAAAGAUUUAAAGAAUGUCAGGCUCGAUGUGAUGCCCUACCUUUCUGCUUAAAAAUUGAUUAUGGUACGAAUACCUGGGAAAAUUGUCAGCUGAUUUUAAAGACUAGUGAAUUCCCAGUCUGGGGAGAGGAAAUUUUUCCAAAAGGCUUAAAGAUGACAACCGAAGCUCUUCGGGAAGGAGACACGAGGACAACCUUUAACGAAUACACAUAUGAAACGUGCAAAAAUGCUUGUAGGAAAAACUGUCGAACUUUUUUCUAUGAUCGGGAAAAUAAGGACUGCACAUUGACUUUCAAAUACACCGGCUCCAAAGCUUUCGCUACCAUUUAUAUUGAAUCAAUCCAUUUGGUCUUUGAUAAUGAGAUGGAGAGAGAUAAAAUCUCUCUCUUUCUCUCUCCAUCUCUCUCUCUCUCUCUCUUUCUCUCUCUCUUUCUCUCCCCAUCUCUCGCUUUCUCCCUCCAUUCUCUCUCUUUCUCUCUCCAUCUCUCUCUUUCUCCCUCCAUCUCUCUCUUUCUCUCUCCAUCUCUCUCUCCCCAUCUCUCUCUUUCUCCCUCUAUCUCUCUCUCUCUUUCUCUCCCCAUCUCUCUCUUUCUCCCUCCCUCCAUCUCUCUCUCUCUUUCACUCUCCAUCUCUCUCUCUCUUUCUCUCUCCAUCUCUUUCUCUUCUAUUUCUAGUCUUUUUCUACCCACUACCAAGCACAGUAUUUUGAUCCUUUUUACACCUGCUGCUUGGUAUAUUAUUGAAAAAUCGUCUUGCUGUGCUGUGACUUUUUUUGAAGGUCAUCUCCCAGAAGCAGGGGGAAUUGGACGAGGUGAAAAUGAAGCUCGCUUAUUGAAGGGUUCCUAUGAACUUUCAUCUUUUGGCUAUUUUCAGAGAUCAACGGUAAAAGAGUUUAUGGAAUUUACAAGUCGGAUAAUUGUAGAACGCUCAUCAACAUUCUCCAGGUCUUCUGUCAAAGAACAAGAUUAUUUGUGUCAUGUUUACCUUCGAGGUGAUUCCCUUGCAGGAGUAUUAAUAGCAGACCAUGAAUACCCACAAAGAGUUGCGCACACAUUACUCUCAAAGAUUCUUGAUGAAUUCAAAACUGUCGUUCCUGCAGACAAAUGGGCUACAAUCAAUGAAAGUAAUGUGCAUUUUCCAAAAUGUGAGCAAUACCUGAGAGAUUACCAGAACCCAAAAGAAUGUGAUGCUAUGACAAAAAUCCAGAACGACUUGGAUGAAACAAAAAUUAUUUUGCAUAACACAAUAGAAGCCGUUUUGGAACGAGGAGAAACGCUUGAUAAACUUGUAGAAAAAUCAGAAGGCCUCAGCAAUCAGUCAAAAGCUUUCUACAAAACUGCGCGGAAAACCAACCAAUGCUGCGUGAUUUUGUAA